GGCAGUCGUGGUCUGGGGGUGCUUUGAAGGCAGCUUGCUUGGAAGGCAGCUCCUAGCCUCGUCAUCCCGCGAGGCAGGCCCCAUCAGCUCCGUCUCUCUCACACCCUCUGCCUUGCACUCGACAAACGGCACCGACCACCUCGUUCCCGCACAUCACGACACCCAUCGUCUUCCACCUACUGAGCCUCAGCGACACGUCCUGAUCACCCCAAGGCUCUCGUUGUCCUUUUCAAAAACACGGCCUCACAACUGACCUAGACUGCCGCCAUCAUGCCAGGGUUCGACUUCUCCAACUACAACCGCAACGCGGCGCUCCACGCGCGAGGCGUCCCACUGCCCAAGGCCACCAGCACAGGAACCACCAUCGUGGGUUGCAUAUUUGAUGGAGGUGUCGUGAUCGCAGCUGAUACUCGAGCCACCUCCGGGCCCAUCGUGGCUGACAAGAACUGCGAGAAGCUGCACUACAUUGCCCCUCAGAUCUGGUGCGCCGGUGCCGGUACCGCGGCAGACACCGAGUUCACAACCGCUAUCAUCUCCUCGAACCUCGAACUGCACUCCCUCUCUACGGGUCGCAAGCCGCGUGUUGUCACCUGCAUGACCAUGCUAAAGCAGCACCUCUUCCGAUACCAAGGCUACAUCGGUGCCUACCUCGUCGUGGCGGGUGUCGACCCGACCGGCACCCACUUGUUCACCGUCCACGCGCACGGCAGCACCGACAAGCUGCCCUACGUGACCAUGGGAUCUGGAUCGCUGGCUGCAAUGAGUGUGUUUGAGAGUUCUUGGAAAGCCAGCUUGACCAAGGAGGAGGCGAUGGAGCUCUGCAGCCAGGCUAUACAGGCUGGUAUCUUUAACGACCUAGGGUCUGGAAGCAACGUCGAUGUCGCGGUAAUCACGGCGGACAAGACAACACUUCACCGAGGCUAUGUGAAGCCCAACGAGAGGAGCCAGAAACUCAAGUCGUACAAGUUCCCCAGGGGUACGACGGCGGUGCUGAACGAGAAGAUCAUCAAGAAGGAUGAGAUCUUGAAAUUUGUAGAUGUGCAUGAGGUCUCUGCGGAGAGCGAGAAGAUGGACGUGGACACAUAGACAUACAAUGGGUGCGCGUCUCUAGGGAGGGGAACGGCGACACUGAAUGUGCUCGGCAUGUUACGAGGCCUGGUCUGUACCAACAAAUGAAAUAGAGCAAUGCAUUUUGAGAUGGAA